AUGGAGAAGGAUACAACUCUUAUCCCUAAUUUGAAUUGUUCGUUAGCUAAACAUGGAUGCGUGGAAGGGGAUUUCACAGGAGAGAGUGGGUUGGCAAAGGGAGGCCCACAAUUAGCCAAAUGCAAUCAGGAUAGAAGUAGGCUACGAUUUGUUAACGAUGAAAAUGCCAGGGGCCGAGACAUCAAUGUGGCCUUCAGGGGGUUUAAGAUCAUCAACCUCCUGUUGGUCCAGCGGAUAUGGUAUGAUUCUCCCCCUCAUUUCCAAUACCACCGCAACUUUGUUGGGAAGACAGCAAAUGAACUGUUUCAAGAAAACCAUGUCAGCUUACGAGAAAGCGCUGAGAAGGCACUCAAAGAUAUGAACAAUGGGCUGAUGCUGGUUGCUACUCUUAUCGGCACUGUCAACUAUGCGACAUUGUUUAACAUCCCUGGAGGUUAUGUUGACGAUAACAAUAGUGCAAGUUUUGGUCGCCCAAAGUUUUUUAGCACCAAGAAAGAAGAUCAACUUUUAUCAUUCUUGUGGUACACUGAGGUAGCUCUAUUUAGCGCUCUAAUUGCCUUGACUGCCAUGCUUUUGAUUCAGUUGUCGAGGUUUACCAAUGACGACUUCUUCAUGAUCUUGCCAGUGAGAUACCUUGGGUUCUCUGACUGCCUUAUUUGUCUCCGCCAUCUUCACAAUUGCAGCUUGUGCUGA